AUGCCGGUGACCUUCGAGGAGGUGGCUGUGUAUUUCACCCAGGGGCAGGGGGCUCUCCUGGACCCCACUCAGAGAGCCCUCUACAGGGAUGUCAUGCAGGAGAACUAUGAGACAGUGACCUCGCUGGGAUUUCCCAUUCCCAAACCUGAGCUGAUCUCCCGUCUGGAACGAGGGGAAGAGCCGUGGGUGCCCGAUCUCCAGGCCUGCGAGGAAAGAGAGAUCCCGAGAGGCGCCCGCACAGGUGCUGAGCAAGGGAGUGAGAACGAGGAGGGGAAUCAUCAUGAGGAAGUUCCCGGUGAAGUGGAACCACAGGGGACAUUUGUGGGAAGAACUGAAGGGAAUUUUUCCCAGUGCUGGGAACAGGGAGAAGUCUGGGGAAAUUGGCACACGUCAGAGAAGCUGCUGGAAAACCACCCAGGGAAGAAAGUGGAUGAAGCUAUUAACGGUGGGGGAGGAGACAAGGAUCCCAGAAUGCCGGUGACCUUCGAGGAGGUGGCUGUGUAUUUCACCCAGGGGCAGGGGGCUCUGCUGGACCCCGCUCAGAGAGCCCUCUACAGGGACGUCAUGCAGGAGAACUACGAGACUGUGACCUCGCUGGGAUGUCCCAUUCCCAAACCUGAGGUGAUCUCCCGCCUGGAACGAGGGGAAGAGCCAUGGGUGCCGGAUCUCCAGGCCUGCGAGGAAAGAAGGCUUCCGAAAUGCACCCACACAGGUGCUGAGCGAGGGAGUGAGACCAAGGAGGGGAAUCAUCAUGAGGAAGUGCCCGGGGAAGUGGAACCACAGGGGACUUCUCAUCAGGCAAUCCACAGAGGAGAGAGACCCCAUAAGUGCUUGGACUGCGGGAAAAGUUUCAAGCGGAGGUCACAUGUUCUUAGACAUCAAGCAAUCCACACAGGAGAGAGACCUCACAAGUGCUUGGACUGUGGGACAAGUUUCAAGCAGAGGUCUCACCUUCUUAGACAUCAGGCAAUCCACACAGGAGAGAGACCUCACAAGUGCUUGGACUGUGGGAAAAGUUUCAUACACAAGUUCUACCUUUUUAGUCAUCAGGUAAUCCAUACAGAAGAGAGCCCCCAUAAGUGCUUGGACUGUGGGAAAAGUUUCAAGCGGAGAUCAGACCUUUUUAAUCAUCAGGUAAUCCACACAGGAGAGAGACCCCAUAAGUGCUUGGACUGUGGGAAAAGUUUCAAGCGGAGAUCAGACCUUAUUAAUCAUCAGGUAAUCCACACAGGAGAGAGACCGCAUAAGUGCUUGGACUGUGAGAAAAGUUUCAUUCGGAGGUCAAGCCUUGUUAAUCAUCAGGCAAUCCAUACAGGAGAGAGACCCCAUAAAUGCUUGGACUGUGGGAAAAGUUUCCUACAGAGGUCAUACCUUGUUAAACAUCAGAUAGUUCACUCAGGAGAGAAACCGCAUAAGUGCUUGGACUGUGGUAAAAGUUUCAUACAGAGGUCAGAUCUUGCUAAACAUCAGGCAAUCCAUACAGGAGAGAGACCACAUAAGUGUCUGGAUUGUGGGAAAAGUUUCAUACGGAGGUCAGACCUUGUUGAACAUCAGGCAGUCCACACUGGAGAGAGACCCUAUAAGUGCCUCGACUGUGGGAAACGUUUCAUACGGAAGUCAGACCUUGUUAAACAUCAGGCAAUCCACACAGGAGAGAGACCCCAUAAGUGCUUGGACUGUGGGAAAAGUUUCAAACGGAGGUCAGACCUUGUUGAACAUCAGGCAGUCCACACAGUAGAGAGACCCCAUAAGUGCUUGGACUGUGGGAAAAGUUUCACACGGAGAUCAGUCUUGGUUAAACAUCAGAGAAUCCACACAGGAGAGAGACCCCAUAAGUGCUUGGACUCACAGGUGACCAUCAGCACCGUCCACCAUCACAGGCGACCAUGCAGAGUCCACCAUCACAAGAGAUCACGGAAAAAACUAACUUGGAACGACAUGUUCACCGAGCUCAUGGAGUCCUCCCGCACUGAUAGGGUCCAGCUAAAUGCAUGGAGGCAAACAAUUGCGGAGUCCCAAUCGGCGUUCCACGGGAUGAACCUGGCCCAGUGCCACCAUGAUCUCCCAAUCGCCACAUGCCGUGCUUCUAGGAACGUCUGUGUCCAUGUCCUCAUCAGUAUAGUAAUCGCACUCACCCGGUUUUGCAGGUACUGCACAUACUGCUGGAUAAUGCGCAAGGUAUUUACAAUGGGCAAAACUGCAGCGGAGAUCUGA